ACUUCCAGGGCACAAGCUCACAUUAGACGUCGUGACCAGGUGGAACAGCACACUAGACAUGCUGGAGCGCUUUCUAGAACAACAGCCGGCGAUCUCUGCCACUCUCCUUUCACAAGACGUGCGCAGGAAUGAAAAAGAUAUCUGCACCUUAACAGAGGAGGAUGUAACAGUUGCCGAAGAUUUGGUGCGCGCUUUGAAACCAAUGAAAGAAGCCACACAGGCAAUGUCAGAGGACAAGCAACCAACACUGUUUGUCAUCGCCCCACUCCUCCCCCUACUUCAGGAAGCCUUAACCCCCUGCCUGGGAGACUCCACCGUGGUGAAGGAGGUGAAGACUGAUGUAAAGAAUAACUUGAGGACAAGAAGGACACAUUGUAUGCUGCAUCAGCAUUGGAUCCUCGCUUUAAGGCUGUACCAUCUCUGUCCGCUCAAGAGCGAGAUGACGCCUUCUCCAGGCUUCAGACUGAGGCUGUCACUGCUGCACUUGAUCAGCAAAAUGCUGAGGGUAAUGAUGCUGGUGGAGAAGGAGCUGAGGAGAUCGGGAGAGCGACUUCACCCAAAAAGCUCAAGAAAUCCAGCACAUUGGAGUCACUCCUUGGAGCAGUGUACUCACUAACAGUACAGGAACAUGAAGAGAAAACUCCAGCAACAAGGGCGGAAGAUGAAGUCAGAAGAUACAGGAUGGAAAAACCUGCUGGGCUGAAUGAUAAUCCUCUGAACUGGUGGAGGUCAAAUGAAAAGGAGUAUCCACUGUUGGCUUGCCUGGCGAAACGAUACCUUUGUGUCCCAGGGACCAGUAUCGCAUCAGAGAGGGUUUUUUCUACUGCGGGUGAUAUAACUGCAAAAAGGAGCUGCUUAACCCCAGAUCAUGUCAAUGAGCUCCUUUUCUUGCACAAGAACCUCACAACUAAGUGAGAACAAAGUUGCCAUCUUAACCAUCCUUAAGCUCUUGAGACCUGAACCCAUGCAUUGCUAGGUCCUGUUUAGACAUUUUUUUUGGUCCUGGUUUUGACUUGUUUUGGUCCAGGUUUACACUUUUGUUCACUUUUUGUUGUUUUGACUUUUUUGGUCAAGGUUUUUAUUUAUUGGUCUUGGUUCAACUCUGGUUUUAACUUUUCACUGGGACUAAAACCAAGACAGUUGAAAAUGGGAUGUCCUCGUAUGUGACCUCCAGGGCUCAAUUAAGUUUAGCUCUAGUAAAUGAGUUUUAGUUACCAAAAUUAUUAUUUUGAAAGAAAACAAUGCUUUAAUGCAAUUUGCACUGAAGAAAAGUUGUAAUUCAAGUAUAUUUUCACUUGCAACGCCUUUAAAAUUAUACAAUUGCACUUUUGAGACUUGAGACAGUUGUGUUUACAGCUCAAGUUUUUUUUUGUUUACAACUCAGGUCAUUUUGUUAAUGUUGGAGAGAAUAAUAAAGCACAUUUGUAUUUUCUAAAACAGUUGAGCCAUUUUCCUCAUUUAAGAGCAGAUCGAAUUGAAUCGAAUUGUAAUUAAUCAAUUCAGAACCUAUGAAUCGAAAUUGAAUCGAUUAUGGAAAUUGGCCAUGAUACGCAGCCCUAGUUGUAAUGUCACUAAAGACGUGUUCAUAUCAUAUUUGAUGACUUCUGACAUCUUGUUCGAGUGCCAUGUAAGUAGUAAUAAUAAUAAGAUUCAAGAUUCAAUACUUUAUUGCCAUGCAACCAGUGCAAGUUGCUAGGGAUUUGUUUCAGUGUGCUCAUAAACAAGAGACAUAAGAAGCAUUCACAGUAAAAAUAUCCCAAAAUUAAAAACAAAAAAAAUUAAAUACAAGAAAAAAGAAUGAAAAGAUGAAAAAUCUUAACUAAUUACAGUAGACAGAAAAUAAGUUUUAAAAAUAUUCUUAAAGUCACAUUUCAAAUGCUAACAGACAGCCUGUUCCACAAGAUACGACCACGGCAAAAAAAAAAAAAGGCUCUGAAGCCUGCUGGUUUCUUUUUAACUCUUGAGA